AUUGCAAAACCACGAUUGUGAGCCUUUCGCCGGCAGACAUUGCUCCACUUUGACGAUCCUGGUCUUUUCGCUACAUUUCCAGAUUCUAGGCCACCUUGAGAACACAUCAAACAAAGGUCCCGGGCAUGGCGUUGCUUUGUGGCUCAAGGACGACUGAAAGAUUCUAUGAACCGCGUCCACAUCCAUAAUGCCUCGCAGUGCCAUGUUUCGUUCUUUGGUGAUCUUCGCAUGUUUAGGCCAUGUCCUGGGCGAAUCAGAUCCGAGCUGCUGGUUGCAAAGUCGGCCGACAGGAACCGGUCAGGACAGUGCCAUCCGGUCACGUCCGGGGACCGAUCUCGACCUCUUGGGAUCGAAGUCAACUUCAACGCAGGCGCGACUCAACGAGCUACGUGCCAGAAUGAAAGAGGAGGAAGAGAAGAUCAAAGACAUGAAAGCAGAGUUGAGGAAUCUCAAAAGGAUAGCAUGUCCGAGUGGCGGGGACUAUGUGACGUGGGCCACACUGACUGGUACUGCUAGUGAUUACACCUUGACGAACGGAGAUACAGGCUUUUUCGUCCGCUCUUUGAGUCCAAACGAUCCGGUUACAUGUGAUGACUUCGCUAUCAGAAGCGGCUCCGCGUUGUUGGUAGAAAACAGAAGUUCAAGUGUCUCUCCGCCAUGUAACCUUACCCGGUACUUUGCCAUUUUUUUGCAGGUGAACUUCGCAACUCUCCCGGCCCAGAAUCAAUUUUUCAGGAACGUCUCAACAGUGAAUGUGACUUUCGAGGGGGACGCUAGUCAUCUGACCUUCAGUGUUUAUCCGCCUGAUGGUGCUACCGCCGCGGUUGGCCACACAUUCCAUCCGGGAGAGAACAUUAUUGACGUCAGCUCCUUCGGGCCCAUUUCAGGUUUGGAAUUGAGUGGAUCCGAUAUAUCCGAUGGCGGAGGUCUUCCUCUUGGAAUUGAAUUUCUGCAAUAUAAUGGCUUCACCCUAUGCGGCACCCAAGCAACUGUUGUGGGCGACCCCCACAUUAAAACGCUGGAUGGAAGACACUACACGUUGAUGAACCAAGGGACCUUUUCCUUAUGGAGGUAUUCAGGUGUGAGCGCGGACGUGAUGAUGCAAAACCUUUUCGUAUCCUCGACAAGUAUUGAUGUGGACUGGCAAGUGUACGCGCACUACAGCGGCCAUCAAUCGUACACCAAAGGUUUGCUCCUCUUGGACAAGUCAGGUGGAUCAGUGCGACAGUCGCUGGAAAUCACCUCCAAGGAUUGUCAAUGGAGAGCAUCAGCAUCUGAGCAGGAUCCCUCUGCGACCGGCCUACAACUCCAUACAGCAAACAAUCGGACUCGAGUAUCCUUCGUGAUGAUCAAGCAGGGCGUGAGGAAGGAAGUUGCGAAGCUAAGCGUGAGUUGCCGGAAAGGGCACAACAUCAACGUGGCCAUAGACAUGAAACACUCUGCGGAUCUUCGUUUCGUCGAUGGGGAGUUGCGUGUUGCUCGAAGUGGUGCGCCUGUCUCCACUCUGCAAACGGAGUCCGCUGAGUUUGAGGUCAAAACUCCUUGGAAAGACCUUGGAGGGAGUGAUUCAGCAUCUUUGUACCUACAGGAAGCGGAUGCAUCUGGUGGUGGACUGAACUUGCUCCAGACCUGCGAGGAUGCGCAGAUGGUCUAUGCCUUUGAUCUGUGUUCCAAGCACUUGGGCGCUGACAUGCAGCAGGCCGAUGGUCCAGAUGGCGACUUCUUCAACGACUGCGUUUUUGAUGUUUGCCGUGGCGGAGAGGUAGCUGCUGAACUGGCUGCCGAACUCAUUGCGGUCAGGCGCAUGUGAGCCAUGGCUAUCCAUGGCCUCAGAGUGUCGUGAGUUCUGCAUGACAAUCUGAAACAAUGGGUGGUUUUGAUGUUAAAAUUUUGCUCAAUGGUACGAUGUAGAAACGAGAUGGCUUUGAAUUCUCGUCACGGCUGGAUCGCACACCAAAGUGUGAUAUCAAUGCCACUUGCUGGGAGCGAGCGUUUUAAACUGCUCCGUCCUCAUUUUAAAAGAGGCACUCUAUGCGUUUCUUACGGUGUUUGCCUGAUGUUUAUGUGAACCAUUAAAAAUAGCCUUGUU